AUGGCAUCGACAGAUUCCAAAGAAUUCCCCACCUCGGUGUCAGAUUCCCAGGGUGAGGGUCAUUAUCUCAAAGAUGGCACAUUGGUGACAAAUCUCGCCGAGCCAGAGGAGCAACGAGAGUCGCAGUCGCUUUUUGCUGCACUAUUCUCACGGAAACGCCAAGUCGACCCAGACUCCAUCGCAACGGUUCGAAGUGUCUUUGACGAUCCGCUGCUGAGUCCCUUUUAUCAGCCUCGACCGGACUACGAGAAUCUGCACAGAUUCGACCCAAACGAGAGAUGGACUUAUCGCGAAGAAGCAUCUGUACGCCGCAAGACCGAUUGGACAAUCUUCUUGUGGAUUCUUGUCAUGUUCUUUGGACUCAAUAUUGACCGAGGAAACUUGGGAAAUGCUGCGGCCGACAACUUGCUUGAUGAUCUGAAGAUCAACACCAACGACUAUAACAACGCACAAAACAUGUAUCGCAUCGGGUUCCUCAUUGCUGAAAUUCCAUCCCAAAUGCUUGGGAAAAGAUUGGGACCCGACCGAUGGAUUCCUUUCCAAAUUAUCUUAUGGAGUCUGGCAUCUGGGGGUCAGUUCUUCAUGCAAGGACGGUCCGGGUUCUUUGCUUGUCGUUUCUUCAUCGGCCUUUUCAUGGGCGGUUUCAUUCCGGAUGCAGUUUUGUACCUCUCAUACUUCUACACGAAGUCUGAAAUGCCAUUCCGUCUCGCCAUGUUCUGGUUCGUUGACUCUAUGUCGGGUGUCAUUGCUUCCUUUAUCGCCUAUGGUGUCCUGCAUAUGCGUGGUGUGGAUGGGCGUGAGGGAUGGCGUUGGCUGUUUCUUAUUGAAGCUCUCAUCAGCAUCGUGAUCGGAUUCUUGAGUUUCUUGUUCCUGGUCCCAGGUCCCACGCAAACGAAGACGUGGUGGAACCCGAAGGGAUACUUCACGGAAAAAGAAGAAAAGAUUAUUGUGAAUCGUGUCUUGCGAGACGAUCCCUCCAAGGGUGACAUGCACAAUCGUCAAGCUCUUUCUCUCAGCAUGCUCUGGCAAAGUCUGAUGGACUACGAUCUUUGGCCGAUAUACAUCAUUGGAAUCCUUUUCGAAAUACCUACAUCUCCCCCAAAGACCUAUUUGACGCUUUCGCUCAAAGCGAUUGGGUUUGGUACCUUCCAGACAACUCUCCUGACCAUCCCCGUCACCGUCUUUGCAGCCAUCAACUUGUUGCUUGUGACCGAGCUAACAGAGCGUUUGCAUGAGAUCUCCAUCAUCGGUCUUCUCACACAAGUCUGGACACUGCCACUUCUCAUCGUGCUUUAUACUUCGGCUGGAUCGCUGUCCAGCUGGGGCUUAUAUGCAGUCACUUUCAUCCUAUUGGGCUGGCCAUCUCCUCAUGCGGCCCAUGUUGGAUGGUGCUCACGUCUCAGCAACACUGUACGGACUCGGAGUAUCAGUGCAGCACUCUACAACGUGACGAUUCAACUUUCCGGAAUCGCAUCGUCAAACAUUUAUCGCAAAGACGACAAGCCACUGUACCGCCGUGGCAAUUCUCAACUGAUUGCUAUCAACGUCGCCACGAUAGUUGCUUAUGUUCUCGCAAAGAUUUACUAUACCAGGAGGAACCAAUGGAAGAAGGCACAGUGGGAAAAGAUGACACCCGAGGAGAAGGCCAACUACCUCAGCACGACAUCCGACCAAGGGAAUAAGCGACUUGACUUCCAGUUCGACAGCUGA